AUGUAUCAAUUAUUUUGUUUUCUUGCUGGUAUAAUUGUUGUAUAUAAAGCAGCACAAUACUACAAGAGAAGGACACUUGUGACUAAAUUUCAUUGCAAACAAGCACGUAUUUCCCCAAACAAGUCAUGGUUGGAAUAUUUAGGCAUUGCCUCCGUUGUACAUGCCAAUGAAAUGAUUAGAAAAGGAGGAUUGUAUUCAGAAAUUGAUGGAAGAUUUAAAUCCCUUGAUGUUUCAACAUUCAAGUCUAUAACUUUGGGAAAGACAACGUAUGUUACCAAAGAUAUUGAAAACAUCCGUCAUAUCUUGAGUGCAACGGAAAUGAACUCAUGGAAUCUUGGUGCCCGUCCAAUUGCGUUAAGACCCUUGAUUGGUGAUGGAAUUUUUGCUAGUGAAGGUCAAUCUUGGAAACAUAGUCGAAUCAUGCUUAGACCAGUAUUUGCAAAAGAACACGUUAAACAAAUCACUUCAAUGGAACCAUAUGUACAACUGUUGAUCAAAAUCAUCAAGAACCAUGAAGGGGAACCAUUAGAGUUUCAAACCUUAGCCCAUCUUUUUACAAUAGAUUAUUCUACUGAUUUCCUAUUAGGUGAAAGUUGUGAUAGUUUGAAGGAUUUCCUAGGAGAAGAGUCCAAUUCCACAUUAGAUACAUCGUUGAGACUGGCAUUUGCAUCACAGUUUAAUAAAACCCAGCAGCAAAUGACAAUUCGAUUCAUGUUGGGAAAAUUGGCCUUUCUCAUGUAUCCAAAGAGUUUUCAAAAUAGUAUUCAAAUGCAAAAGGACUUUGUUGAUGAAUAUAUCGACAGAGUAGUAGGUAUGUCCGAAGAAGAAUUGAACAAUCAUCCAAAGAGCUAUGUUUUGUUGUACCAAUUAGCAAGACAAACUAAGAAUCGUGAUAUAUUACAAGAUGAAUUGAUGUCCAUUUUACUUGCAGGUAGAGACACCACUGCCAGUUUGUUGACUUUUUUGUUUUUCGAAUUAAGUCACCAUCCAGAAGUAUUUAACAAAUUAAAAGAGGAAAUCGAAAGACACUUUCCUGAUGUUGAAUCCGUUACAUUUGGAACUAUCCAGAGAUGCGACUAUCUUCAAUGGUGUAUUAACGAAACUAUGAGACUCCAUCCAUCAGUUCCUUUUAAUUUCAGAACUGCAGCCAAUGACACAGUAAUACCAAGAGGUGGAGGUAAAUCCUGUACAGAUCCUAUUCUUGUCCAUAAGGGUGAACAAGUAUUAUUCAGUUUCUAUUCUGUAAACAGAGAAGAAAAGUAUUUUGGUACAAAUACCGACAAGUUUGCUCCAGAAAGAUGGAGUGAAUCAUUAAGGAGAACUGAGUUCAUACCAUUUUCUGCUGGACCUCGUGCCUGUUUGGGUCAACAGUUAGCUAGAGUUGAAGCUUCAUAUGUUACUAUUAGAUUGCUUCAAACCUUUCAUGGGUUGCAUAAUGCCAGUAAACAAUACCCACCAAAUAGAGUGGUUGCAGCUACAAUGAGAUUGACUGACGGUUGUAACGUUUGUUUUAUCUAG